GUACUCGGUCGAUACAGUUGCGGGGAGCACGUCGCGCAUGCGGCACUCUCUCAACCCAACAAUCAGGUGUAAAGCGACAUGGCUGAUAGCGAAUUUGAAGAAUUUCGCCGUGUUUUCGAUAGAUUACCGCAACACAUAAAGGCCCCGACGCCGUUUUACUCAUUAGUGCCAAAUGUGGGAUUGGACGAUGAUUCCCCAUCUUCCAAAAGCGAGUGUUCGCCGGAAGAAGAACCUAAAGAGGACAUGCACACAUGUAUGGUGGAUGGAAAUGCAACAACCAAACCAGUCAAAGAUGAUGUCGCAUCACCGCCUUCUCAGCCAGAUAUAACGGAAACUCAGCGGAGCCCACAGCAUUACUCAUUCACAAAUGGCGAACGAAAACGGAGAAAGCUGCCAGAGAUUCCCAAGAACAGAAAAUCAAAAAUACUAGCAUGCAGCCAGCCAGCGUCCCUAGCAGACGAGCUAGGAGCUCUCACCGGCCUUCUCCUCAGGCCAGGAUGUCAUACAAGACCACUCCUUGUGCUCAAAUGCGGGUACCUUCUAGACGAAGACUCUAGCCCAGACUCAGAGAGACUACAAAGCCUCGGCGACGUAGACAGCGGUCAUAGCACGGCUCACUCGCCGAUCGAUACGGGACCGAAGAGUAUAUCGCCAACGCCGCUUCAACAGAAUGUAUCACCCGCAUCAAGCUGCAGCAUCACAGGGCUGAACUUCGCCGGAAAUGUAACAAACAUUCCUCACAGUCAGCUAGAAAUGCUCGAAGCUACGCACAGAGGCCUACAUAAGUUUAAUCCUAGACAUCACGACGAAAUAGAAGUGGAAAUUGGCGACCCUAUCUACGUGCAGAAGGAAGCUGAAGAUUUAUGGUGUGAAGGCGUGAACUUAAGGACAGGUCAGCAAGGUAUUUUCCCGUCAGCGUAUGCAGUAGAUAUGGAUUACAACGACUUCGAUCCCGCAAAUACUAAAGACAAAAAAGAACGAUAUCUAUUGGCGUACAUGGGCUCAGUAGAAACUUCUGCUCAUAAAGGAACAGGAGUUGUAUGCCAAGCCGUGAGAAAGAUAGUUUCGGAAUGCAAUGGAGAGCCCACAAUGCAGCCGUGCAUACUAGAAGUUUCUGAUCACGGACUUCGUAUGGUUGAUCGAUCGAAACCCGCAAGAAAUCGGAACGGGCCUUGCAUCGAUUACUUUUACUCGUUGAAGAACGUUUCAUUUUGUGCGUUCCACCCGCGUGAUCAUAGAUACUUGGGAUUUAUCACGAAGCAUCCGACGCUGCAGAGAUUUGCAUGCCACGUAUUUAGGGGACAAGAAUCCACAAGGCCUGUAGCAGAAGCUGUGGGGAGGGCUUUCCACAGGUUCUACCAAACCUUCAUAGAAACGGCGUACCCUAUUGAGGAUAUUUACAUAGAAUAGAUACUUUAGUGAUAUCUAUAUAAAACCAAUAACGUAUUAGGAUAUGAAUAAUGUAUGAAUACAAGUAGCUUAUCUUCCGCAACUAGCAUUGAAGACAAAUGAUCGAAAUAUUCGAUUUUUUAAGUCAUAGAUUUUAGCAAUCUACUUUUAAUGUUGCGCUGAAAAGUUAAAUUAAUAUCCGUUGGUAGAAGCCAUUUUAAGGAAAGCCUAUUUAUUUUCUGUUUUUUUUUAAUCUGAAAUUAAUGGAAUUCGCUGUUUUCAUCUUGCCUAAUAAAUAGAUUGAGAGCUUCAUUUUUCUAUUCUUAUAGCGUCAAAACGAAAAACAGUUGAUUUAAAUUACAGUAGUUAGUAAAGAUUAUUAAAAAAAAAAUUGAUACACUUUUACAAUACAUGCAUUCUUAAUUGUUCUACAUGACGAGCGAUUAGGUCUCAAUCUAUUUAUAUUCUAUGAUAUAAUAUUGCAUUUUGUAUUUGUCAUCACAGCCUUAUUGUAUAAACAAUACAAAUUCGAUGGCUCUGUUAAACCUUAGUAUUUUUAGUACUUAUAGAAACAUACGAGAGAAAAUAAUCACCCUUCUGCUCUUGAUCCCGGUAACAACAGAUUUUCUUUAGUUAAAAUAACAUAUUAUUUUAACAUAUUAAGAUUUAACAUACUUAACGUCGUAGACGCCGAAGUCACUCGGGGACAAAGUGUGUCAAUUCAGCACAUAAACGCAUGGCACAGUGCGUAUUCCUUAUUUUUGUUGUGAAAAUAUACAUAAUUUGUAACCGUUUUAUACACAAAAUUAAGAUACCUGUUGUGUACCUUAUUUUUACGUUAUUUCAUGGAAAGUAAAUAAACAUUUCACGUGGGAUCUACUGGGUCUACCAGCAAACCUCAACAACGAGGACACUCGGGCAUACCUCGCCGUAUGUCUGAACUCAGCUUGCGAAACAGCCGUGUCCGGUGGGGCGUUAUGCAAAGGCAAUCAUAAUAGUAAUACUCUAUGCCCCGCAGGACAUCUGAGGCGGAUGACGGGGAGUAGCGACCCCGCGUGGCUAAAUAUACCGAGUGCUCCAUAGGGAGGGUAUACUGUCCCCCAUCUCCGGCUUGCCGGAGUGAAGCAUGACGGGGGAUAGGUCUCCCGCCUCUGGCUUGCCUUCAUUGGCCAUUCAGAGAGGAGUCGCUAGAGCAGGGUUAGCAGCCCUGCUCGGAGGGUAGGUGCCUCGUGGUAAAUGGCGAGUGGGCCGGUGAUGCUGGACCCACAGGGAGCGCGUGAUCUGCGUUUAAAGUCCGCCGAGGUAUCCUCACCCUUCAGCCGCUCAUGUACCUGUUGCCUUCUUGUUGCGAUUUAGCGACUGAUUCCCGGGGGCCCAAUAAGUGAGGAGGCGAGUCUCCACCUGCCAUUUUUAAAUGUUAUUUAAUACAUUGUCAUCGGCACGUGCCAUAGUUCCCGUAGUCUCCCCAUUCCUAGACCAUUAGUAUCCCAUCAUUAUAACCCAAGUAGUUUUCAUAGAGAGAUCAAGAGACAUACUCUCAGGCAUGUUAACAAAAAAAACCUUACGUUAAUUCAACAUGAGAUAAUUACCGGUAAAAAUAGAAAUACAAUUAUGGCUAUAGUAUGGAAAUAGCCGCAUAAUUUAUUGGGGGAAUUGCAGUGGCGAAAACUAAAAAAACUCAUGGGAUAGUGAGCCACCCAUCAUGACUCAAAAACCCGUGCUCACUGUGGCCAGGAGACGCUUCGAUACUCGAUGCCCGAGGUCUUCCACGACUACACGUCACGUCUAUGAGUUCACCGCUCUCUGAAACGCUCCACCGGACCCCAUGCUGGCAUUACUGGUUCAAAGAAGCAACGACAUCCUGUUCCGUACUACCUCUUGAAAUAAAUUAGACAUUGCUUGCUCUCCCAGAAAUGCGGACUGCAUUUUACAUCUUAAAUAUUUUGUGUAUAAAAUGUUUUAUAUUACUGUAACUUAUUGCAUUGUGACUGAUUAACAAAUAUACAAGUGCGUAGAUAGAUAUUUUACAUACUACAAAAGUAAUUUUUUAUAAUGUUUCAACUCUAAAAAGCGAUAAUAUCUAAUAAAAAAUAUGUAUAAAAAUAAAACUUUAAAUGCGCUAAAUACAAAUGACUGGCAUUGACUAGCAACAAAAGCAAAGGUUCUUUUGCUAUCAAAUGAAAAAAGUAUAUUCAUAUCAAUAAAAAAUAUUAUAAAGCAUGAAAUCUAAAUCAUUACUUAUAACUUGAUUCUCAACCACUGUGAUAUAAACAGUUGAUUUUUAUGUACGUAGGUAUAAAAGUAUUUAAAAUCAGCCCCUUCUGAAAAGGUAGUGUGAUUGAAUGCUAAUUUGUAUACUACAGUUAAGUAUUACUAUCAAUAUGCUUAAUCCGUUGUAACAAUAAUGUUCGUAGCUAUUUAUAUUGGUUAGGUAAAUGUACAGAUAUCUAAUGCACUUCAGUAAGAUUUUACUUCAUUUAUGGUAGAUAAUUACUGAUAGUAGCCAUUGCUUGUGCAAUGUUAUAUAAUUAACUCGCUGUAUACACGUACGUCGUAACUAUAGCGCUAUAUUUUGAAUGUAAAUAGUUCUAUGAGGAAUCGUUCAUAUUGCGCUGAGAACACAUUGGUUAACUUCACCUAUAACUGCCUACAAAGAAUGAAAAUAUUAUUAAAAUCCUUAAUUGUAUAUGUAUCUAUACAGAUAUUUAUAAAAUAUCAACUCUAUAACCAGCGAAUUAGAAACUUUUGUGUAAUCCGAAUGAUAUAUUUUGCUUCGAAGAGAAGAAUUAACAUAAGAAUACACAACAUCUCACGAGUUCAAGACUUCGAUCGACGUAUAAAAUAAUCAAUUGCUACGUUAAGGAAUGUUUUUUAAUUCAAGCUAAGUGUUUCAGUUUUCAGUAACAUUAAAUGGAAAUACUUAACAGUCACAAAUUAAAAUUGGUGCAAAAAAAUAUUUACUAUUAAUUUUUAAUAUCGAUUAUUAUCGAAUUUAAUCCGCCUACUAACGAAAUUUAUUUAAAUCAUUAUUAUCUAUGUAAUAAUUUAAGAACUCAAUAAAAAUGGUUGUUUUAAUUUUAAGAUCCUUUAAUGUUUGCACUAUUGGUUAUUUGAUAUCAGCGACUUUUUUACAAUCAUUAUAUAAUAAGAAAGACUAAGAAUAUAAAAAAUAAUAAGUGUGUUCCUACGCAAUGUGAACGUUUUCCACAAUUUGUAUGUAAAUACAUUUAUAAUAAUCAGCAAAAAGCAAACAUACUCAACAAAGCUGAACAAAGCUGUGACUCUAACAAAAACAAACAAAAAUUAUAUUUAUUUUUCCAAUAAAUGUCAUAGCGUAUUCGAUAUAAUGUGUAAGGCAUGAAAUAAAAAUAAUAAAUAUUAUUUGGGACUGA